AUGGCAGGUCCGACCUCAAAAAAGAGAGGCCAUCAAGAUUCAAAUACCAAAUAUAAAUCUCAGAGACCGAAUAAGAAGCAAAGAAAGGUCCCCAAGUAUCACAGCGAUUCGGAAGAAGAAGGUCCCAACACCGAGUUCCGACCCGUCGACCUCCUCGAUUCAGACAAUGAAGACCUCGACAAUAUCGUCGUAGAUGAUAUCCCAUUCGGCUCGGACUCGGACUCGAAGUUAGGCUCGGAUUCGGACUCGGAUAACGAUGCGACUAACAAAUCUAAGCCUCUCGCGAAACAACGGAAACUAGCAAAGAAACCUGCUAAAGAUGAAGCUCGCGACAAGAGUCCAGAAGCCGAAUUAGAAGAUGACGACGAUAAUGAUGAGGAUGAGGACGAGGAUGAACUAGAAGAAGAAGGCUCAGAUGGGGACGACGAUUCGAGAACUCAAUUCAAAAAAUCAAAAUCAAAACGCAACGAUCCCGAUGCCUUUGCGACAUCCAUGUCCAAGAUUCUAUCUACAAAGUUAUCUACCACAAGACGUGCGGAUCCGGUCCUCUCGCGCAGCGCCGAGGCCCACCAAUCAGCCAAGGACGCUGUCGAUAAUGCGCUAGAGGCCAAGGCGCGGCGACAUCUACGGGAACAGAAGAGAUUGGCGCAGGAGAAGGGGCGCGUAAAGGACGUACUAGUCGGCGCUGUCGACGAGGAAGGUCAACCUGAGAUUUCCACCCAAGAGAUUCAGCAGACGGAGAAGCGCUUGAAGAAGGUGGCGCAUCGUGGUGUUGUCAUGUUAUUCCGUGCCGUCAGGGAAGCGCAGGAGCGGGCCGCAGAAGCCGAGAGGGAUACGCGGAAGGAUGGUAUCGUGGGAGUUCAGAGGCGCCAGGAGAAGGUUAACGAGAUGAGCCGGCAAGGUUUCCUAGAUUUGAUCGCCGGAGGCGGUGGGAAGUUGAAGAAGGGUGCGCUGGAAGAAGCCUAA